AUUUAAUCUCUUUUGUAACAUUUAUAGACAUUUUAUACUAAUGGAAAUUUUAACAUUUUUCAAAAAUGCAAAAAUGCUUUAAUGAGUUACUAUGGAAACUAUUUAUGGUGAGAAGACAAUAUUAGUUUGGAAAGAUAAAUUAGGGAUUGGCACCAAGACGUGUAUAUAUAAAGAUAAAAAAGAUCUUUCCAAUUUAUGUAGCGAAGAUAAAAUUUUAGUUGUUAAAGAUGUAAAAAAGGAAGCAACUGCAAACGAUCAUUUAUUAGAAGAAAAAAAACAAAAUCAUCACGAUGAAGAGCUGCCAAUAUAUUGCUCUGAUAUUACUAAUAUGAAGCAAAAAAAAAAGUUUUAUAACCCAAUAAACAAUUCAAUGGUGUCAAGAGUUUGUAGAAGUUGCCAUGACAUAUCUGCUAAUACAGAUAAAUUUAAUAUUGUAAAAGGACACAGUGAAUGUAAUUUAAUGAAGUCCAGUUGUGAAAGUCAAUCAUGCAAUAAUUACAGUGAAUUAAAAACAGAAAACAAUGAUAUCAAAAAAGAAUACAACAAUAUCAUAGGAAACUUACAAAGAAAUCAUGCAUCUGAACUCAAUAGUAGCUGCAUUGUAUUGUUUAAAACAAACUGUGAAACGUCUCAAAGUUCAGAUAAAAAUAUCUGUCGCAUAUGUCACAGCGACGAUGAUGAGUUGAUUGCGCCAUGUAAUUGCUCUGGAUCAGCACGAUAUGUUCAUGCCAAAUGUUUAGUAACGUGGUUUAAGAAAACUGUAAAAAAUCAAUGCGAACUUUGCAUGGGUGAUGUUAAGAUAAGAAAAAUAAAUCAUCGGUUUGUCUUGUGGAAGAAACCCGAAGAUCGACCUGUACCAUUAAUAUGGUUUACAGUAUUUUUUGUUGGUUUGUUUCUUAAUAUUCUUUCAAUUUACGUGAACGCUUCCGAACUUUGCAAAUCUACCGCGUGUCUAAUUUUUUAUGUUGUUAAUGGAUUCGGCAUUCUUCUUGACGCUGCAUUUUUGUAUUUUUGGUUUUUAAAAUGUCGUCAUUAUUGGAAGAAAUGGUGUGCUUUGAACCAAGAUUGGUAUAUAGACGAUUUAAAAGAUGAUGUCGAUUAUGUCAAAGACCAUCCAGUGUAAUAGAUCCAUCCAGUAUAAUAGAUGUAAAAAACUUAUUUUAGUAAAUAUUGCCUAAUUAAAUAAAUUUAAUAUUAUAUUUUA